AUGGCUCGCCGGAGACGGACCUGCACUGCACGCGCAAUGAGAGCGAAGUCGAUUACUACCGCCGAGACAAUCAUCCUUGCGACACGAGCUCAUUCCGGAGCGCUACAACUCUUUCGCGAAUUCUGGUGGAAUGAAAUUCACGACGCGAUCCACAGUCAGGACAAACAGGAACGAAAUAGGCAAGAGAACGAGCAGUCGGAAGAUGGGUCAGAAGGAGAGGACGAGUGCGCAACUGGGACACCUACACCAACAGCCUCGACGCUUCUUUCCACUCAUACAGAAGUAAUCGCUGCACUUCCCGCGGACGUCAUUGACAGUCUGAACACAGCAUUUGCGGACUCACUCAGCUACCAGAACAGAAAAGCGGCUCGCAGUCUUGGGAGAUCAACAUUCUGGGGAUGGGACGUGCUUGCCGUCUUCGCGAUCUUUGGAUUGGAGGCCUGCACGAGACGCUUCUUGGACGGUGUCAAGGCUCUCAGCGAUGUGUGGGACACUCGCGACACGGCUUGGGCGGCGCUCCUCGAGGCAUCAACACAGCGCAGAGAGGCAGCGCGUACCGGUUCGCGCGCGCAGACAGCCGAGUGGCUCACUGAAGACGCUACUUUGGCGAACAAGAGAGGCACAGCGAAGCCAAGGCCACGUUCAACAAGUGCGGACAGCGAGGAUACUGAUAACAAUGGGAAUGAUGAGGGCGACGAGAAUCUGCAGCAGAAUGGAGGCGAGAAAAAUAAGGACGGCGAGGAUGCUGGUGAAGAUGGCAAUGAUGAGGGCGAGGGGAAUCUGCAGCAGGAUGCAGGCGAUAAAAGUAAGGACAACGAGGGUACUGGUAAAGAUGGCAAUGAUGAGGCCGAGGAGAAUCUGCAGCAGGACGAAGGUGAUGAAAGUGAGGAGAUUGAGGUAGGCCGCCGUGAGAAACACAAAGAGAACGAUAACGACAACAACGAGGGCGAUAUCACGUUCGAUUCACCUUGCGACGAUGAUACGUCUUUCAUGUCCAUAGACGACGUGAACGGGGGGCCCAUGGGAGACGUGAACGACGGCGGCGGCGACGAUGCUGCUUUCCGCUUUUCCUUCGGCGAUUUCCCGGCUGCAGAAAUCCCCCGCAACCAGCCAGCACUCGACAACAACAACAAAACCGACAGCACACAACAACGCCACCGAAACAACGUACAAGGUUACACACAAAGCAGUUCUAUGGACAUGUCCAAACGCCCAGCAGCAGACACAGAGACUGGCGGCACCGAGACCGCGCGUCAGCAACGCCGCCGAAUUGAACCGCCCAUGUUUGUCGAUGUGCCAGGGCUCGACGUGACGCGUUCGCAUGUGGACCACGGCGUACCACUCGACCGCUGGCUGGCACUUUUCCGCGAGACUACCACAACACUUCGCCUGCCUGUCGAAGAGUCCUUCUGGGAGAACGUCACCACUCCCGCGCGAUACUGCAUUCUCGUGCCUGCCUCUGGUGACAAUGGCGCGCAGCCUGAGACCGCGCGCCUCGCAGCUGUUGCACUCGUCACGCUCGAUCGCGAUGCCCAGAACCACACUCGCUCUCACGUACGCGCCUUCGUCCCCGCUCAAGCAGAAACACUCGACACGGACGAGCUUCUUUGCGGCGUGAAGGACUUUGCUCGACGCGCGUCUACAAGAGCAGGCUCGGGCUCGAUGAACAAGCGAGUGGAACAUGAAGAGGAGGACUCGGUCACUAUGGACAGCAGCUUUCCAAUCAUUACACCAGAGGCACACCCAUCCGCCCUUGUGGCUAUCGCGACCUUCUACUGCGCUGGCCACACUCCACGCGAGCUGACAGCAGCCUGUCUUGACCCUACACUUUGGGCUUUGAUGCUGCGCGCCGCUGAGCGAGAAUGUCCAGCUGCCCCAAUUCAACUCGUAUCAGCUCGUGCAUUUUGCCAGACAACCUCUCAGUCCUUUGUCGCGCCGACGUCUUGUCGUCGCGAAACAGACUAUUUGGCGAACAUGGAAAAAGAAAACGCGCGAUUACGGCACGUCCGUUCGAUGUUGAGUCUGGUGGUAUCUCGCAUUGGCACCCUUCACGACACGUGCGUCGCCAUUCUUUGGUGUCUCACUCGCUAUCUUGAGACCUCCCGUGAACCUCGAGCUUAUGCUGGAAGUGAUGAGGUCUCUGAAGACGACCUAGGUGCCGACAUUGCUACUGCCGAACAGAUGAUUGGCCAUCUCCAACAGCGCAUCCUCGAUGACCAAGCCAGGUCCGACCAGAAGUCGGCGAGAGCCUCUCGGCGCGCUCUCGAAGCACAGCAGCGCAGCCUCUCGCACGCCCAGCAGCAACUGGAAUUAAAGUUCACGAAUGUAAUGUUUGAGGGAGUGGUCUCGCUCUGCGUCUUCUCCCAACUGUCUAGAAACCAUCUCAAGGUCGCCAUGAUGAGAGAUGGUCGUGGCGAAGAAGGCGUGGGCGGGAAGCGUGCAUCUGGCUCAGUGUGCGGUAUCACGCAUAAUCUAAAGCAAGAUGUCACUCCGGCAGACGCAUCCGAUACUGGAAGACCAACUUGCAAGCCUCAAGCUGCUCGCCCAAGUGAUGGCACCACAAGAUACGCGGACCUCGAGCGCAAGAGAUCACAGGGGACAUCAGCAGUCACAGCCCACGUAGCGGCUGCCAAUAUCACCAGCCAUGUCAAGAAAGUCGCCCGCCGGUCGACGCAAGCCACUACAGCGUACAGGACGCUCGACGCAGACCUGGCGGUUUCCAAAUGCCAGACGGAAAUGACGCUCAGCCAGGACAGCGCUUUCACGAACCUCCCCACAGCCUACAAAUGCAAGCCACUCCAAUCGACACAGCCCUGGGCCAUGCGGGACCCAUUUUCAUGGCCCUACAGCCAACACCGCCAACAAAACUUCCGCCCAGACUCUGUCGGCUUCGUCGAUCCACAUCUGCCAAUGGACCAAUAUGGACCAGGUCCACAGAUCAACUGGAAAGCCUCACUGGGGUUUCGGCAUCGGCGUAUGGAGGAGAGCGAUUGCACGAGCGUUUUGGCAUGGACUCCGCCGAAGCAUUGCGAGCGCUUCGGAAUCGACGUCAGCAUGGGCCGCGAUGUCACCGAAUACGUCCAUACAGCAUGGCGCAAGAAGCACAAAGAUCGUGGAGCGGUCGAGCCCGGCGAGCCGAUCGACGCCUGGGACAGGAUUCAUCCCGACAUUCGCAACGACGUCACGCGCCUUUCGCAGGAGACGACAAUGGGCCAAUUCAUCGCGAACAUGCAAGAGAAAUAUUUCACCUGGCGUCAGAUUUUCAUGCGAGAUCCACGAUAUGGACCUCAGCAAUAUGCAGUUGGGUACUCUCAUUCAGCGGUGGGAAACCAGCAGCAGGGUAGCCCUAGCGCACCAGCUGCAGAAGGAACUCCACCUGGCCAACCAAAAGAGACAAUCGCACAACGAGAUCAUUUCCCAAACUUCUACGUCGGGCGACAGCUACAGCCAAGAGAGAAGCUCACUCCAUCGAGAGAUGAUGCAGGCGACAUGCUACUUGAUCCUAGGUGUAUCUGCAGAAUGGACAGUACGGCCCGCGCGAGAGAAUGUCGCCAUAUCAGCGAGGUGGGCAGCGGAGCUCGACAAGAUCAGAUCCACUUGGUUCAGGUGAAAGUCGGGAAACUCCUCAGCCGGAAAGUCAACACACCAGCACGCACAGACACCCGCAAGCACAGACAUCCGCAAGAAGGGAUCAGCUUCAUCCACAUCGAAAUGCGCACACGGAAUCGCAAUGGUGUCGGCAGCGACUCCGCAGAGAGCUUCGAUUCGAAGGUCGACUUCGCGAUCCAUGUCCUCGCAACCGGAGGCGAGAUGUCAAGUUCUGCCAUAGGCGCACCUACAUCCGUUCAUUCAUCGCAGCCGAUCGACACAGGCCAGUCGAUGCACUGGCCACAAUACUCCCUGCAAAUUAUCCCAGGCAGCGUUCAGGUCGACCCAGUGCAACCGGAAUACAACAUCGAAACGACGACAUGUUCGAGGCAAUGUGCGCAUUGGAUCCUGAAUGCAGAGACGUGA